GCCCAUGUACUGGUCAAAAAAUGAGAAUCAAUGCUGACCACUAGCUGGUGGGAUAAUGUAUUUGGAAUAGAAUGGUGGAAGAAGCUAGUUUUUUUUAUCUUAUGUGCUACAGCUGGUUUAAUAUUUCUUCCUUGCUUGAUCCCCUGUUUAAUUUGGCUAAUCACCAGCGUAGUCCAAAGCAUGCAAGUGGUAACAAUGCCUAUAGACCCAAAAUUGUCUACAUCUGGAGCGGCACAAAAGAUCAUGGUAUUAAAGAAACAAAGUAAUAUGGAAGACCCUUUUGAAGAAGCUAAAUUGAUUUGUGAAAAAAAAUGAGCGAAUGAUAGAGGUCAGAAAACAAGAAUUAUUGCUCAAGCCAAAUGAUUUAUAAGACAGAAGAGGGGGGACUGUUAUAAAUACAUAUAAUAUUGGCUUUUCACAAGUAUUAAGAUGAAUGUUUUAUGUAUGUUAGAAUGACUUUGUUGUGUGAAUUUAGUUUGCUUUUUUUCCUCUCCUGCCAUUAGCAAAAAUUUAGGCAUAAUUGGUAAUAGUCAAUAUAGUAUGCUUGAACUGCCUGCCGGUCAGGAUAACCUCCAGUGAACAGAUGAUGGGGACCUGGCUGCUAUCAACAUUCACCACCUGUGGGAAGAAGGAGCCAAAGCCCAAAUGAAAAGAUGAUAAGAAAGGAAUUAAAACCGCAAGCCAAGAAAUGCGCGUGCUCUAAAAAGGCAGAUCCAAGGAGUGGCCAUGCAAAAUAGUUCCUGUAAGAUGUAAACUAGUCAAUGGAAAAGUUUGAAUAUGCAUAAAGUCUAUGAAUAUGUAUGAAGGUGAUGCAAUAGAAAUGGCAUAUAUAAAGGGUGUUCCUGAAACACCAAGCGUGCUCUUGGCAGAGUGCCAAGCACCCGGCUGCUAUACUUUGCUUUAUUAUCUGUGUCUCUUAUUGUCUUUAUUAAACCUUUUAAAUUUUUCCAGGAGAGUGAACCUCAUUUUUCACACCCUGGUCUCAGGGGCCUGGUAUUCCUGAAGGCUGGUCUUGCUAGUAAAGACUGAGGGCAAAGUAGGGAUUCAGUACUUCAACCUUUCCAUAUCCUGUAUAACCAGGACAUGUAACAUUAGACAAGCCUUUCUUGUUUUCUUUGACAUCCCUGGCCAUAUUAGAUUCCAUUUUGGCUUUAACUUUCUUGACUUCAUACCUAGAGGAUUGGACAACAUCUCUGUAUUCCUCUUAGGUUACCUCUCCCUGCUUCCACCCUCAGGUUGUGAGCCUGCUUUUUACCCUGGUUCUUCCUAUCAGGAUCCUAAACUCCACCACCUCAUGGAAACUGCAGCAAGGCUGCUUUCAGCCUUCAAAUUCUCAAUGAGCCCCUUAUUUUUUGCCAUUAGGAAGUCCUGCAGAGCACCUCUCUACCUUGACCCUUCUAUCAUUUGUGUCAGGGUAUUGUCACUGAUGCUCUUCAGGAACCUCCAUGAUUGCUUCUGCCCUGUUGUGCUGUCCCUUCACUUUUAGGGAUCCUGACUGGGAGACCACUGUACAUGGAGGAGUUAAUGAUCCUCAUAACAGUUAAACUGAAUAGGCCCAGGCCUGUGCUGUGCUGCAUGUAUAGUGUGGCCAUCAGGCCUGCAUUAUUCUAUAGAUUCCUUGGCCAAAUGACAAACAUAGCCAGUUUGUUUUAACAGAGAAGCCUUCAGUGAGCUUCCACUUGGUACUGGUAAUUGCACUACAUGCAUGGUUUUGUUUAUCUAAAAGUGCAGUAAGAAGUUAUCAUGCAAACAUUCUUUUACGAAUAGAGUUCUUUUCUUGUUAAAGAAAUUAUAUAAUAACUGGAAUGACCAAAAAGGAGGAACCUCUCUCCAUGGACUGAAUUUGCCCAUGUCAUGGGAGAAAUUAAUCCAGAGUCUGUCCAACUAUGCAUUAACAUGGAGUUCCAUGUGUUAUUUAUAUUCCUCUUCUUAUUUUGUCUUAUUUAAAGAAUUAUUUUAUUAAGCCAUUUAUUGUUGGGACUUUCUUAUUGAGACACAGAAAGAACUCCUCACCAUCUUUCUCUCACCCUCCCCCAGUGUAGAACACCAGCAGAUAUUGGGGUGGCUGAAAUUCCUCAUGAGGAACAGGGCCUGAAAAUAUGAGGCUACUUCUAGUUGUUUGUAGAAGGGCUCAUCUACUUGUUCUUACUGAUCAGUCAGUCUAAAGCAGACAUCCACUACAAUAUUGACUGUAUUGAUUUGCUUUUUAACCCUUAGCCAUAAAUUCUCAGUUGGUUCAUCAUCCAUCCCUAGACAGAAUUCCAUGCAUUCCAGCAGCUCUUUCACAUAAAAGAUAACUCUUUCUUACUCCUCAUCUCUGCCUCCAUCUCUCCCUGACUCACAUCUGUUCUCCUCAGGCUCUGUCCCCAUCUCUCUCGCGCGAUGUCUAGGUCUGUCUCUCUGUCAUUGCCUUCCCUGUUUCACUUUCUCUUUCCCCGUCUAUUCCCCCCUCUAUUCUCCCCCUUUCUGCUCCUGUGUCUCUCCUGGUCUCUAUUCCUCUUUGUCUCCUUGUUGUCAUCUGGAGGGAGGAGGAUACGUUGUGCGUAAAGCGACAAGCACAGCUCCCUGUCUUCCGCUUCCGCCGUGACUUGCGUUGUUUCUUCCAUUCCUUCUCUACCGCGGACAGCGGUCGGCUGAGCCCCCGCAGAUAGAAGCGUUGCCUCUGCCACCUGUCUCGGCCACUCCGCGCGUUUUGCAGCAUCAUCAGGAACCGCCACGAGUCAGGCGCCGUCGCUGCCUGCCAGCGGGACCAGGGCAGAAGCGCCUGAUCCUGCGUCCCCGCAAAGCCUCCCAGGCGGCUGCGGUGCGUCCACGUGAACCCUGGAUGCGGGGUACUCGUCCGCGGUUCCGAAGGCUGCGCACCCUCCAAUCGUGCUCUUCGACAGUGGCGGUAGGUGGAGGACGUCGAGGCAGCGCUGGAAUGAGUGGGGGCGGCAUGGCGUCCUGGCAGCGAAGACGGCCGGGGACCGACUUGGCCUGGCUGUGGGGCUUGUGCUGCCUGGUGCUGGGCUCCUGGUGGGGCGCGCUGAGCUGCCCCGUGUCCUGCCGCUGCAGCUCCUUUCGGAUCUGGUGCACGGAGCCGGCGCCAGGCAUUAUCUCCUUCCCUGUCCCCCAACGGAGCGCUGAGAGCUUAAAUGUCACCGAAAUUUACAUUGCAAACCAGGAGAAAUUAGAAAGUAUCAAUGACAAUGAAGCUGGAUUUUAUGUUGGACUUAAAAAUCUGACUGUGGUGGAUUCAGGCUUAAGGUUUGUGUCCCAUCAGGCAUUUGUGAAAAACAUCAAUCUACAAUAUAUCAAUUUAUCCAGAAACAAGCUCUCUAGUUUGUCCAAGAAGCCUUUUCGCCAUCUGGGUUUGUCUGAUCUGAUAUUGCUGGGCAAUCCAUUCAAGUGUUCCUGUGAAAUUAUGUGGAUCAAGAAAUUUCAAGAGACCAAAUUCUACAGAGAAACUCUGGAUUUAUAUUGCAUAGAUGACACCACCAAGAGGAUAUCCUUGCUGGAUAUGAAGGUUCCAAAUUGCGACUUGCCCUCAGCAAACUUAAGCAAUUACAACAUCACCGUGGUGGAAGGAAAGAGCAUCACAUUGUACUGUGAUACUACUGGAGGGCCGCCCCCUAAUGUAUCCUGGGUGCUCACUAAUCUUGUUUCAAACCAUGAGAGUGACACAAGUAAGAAUCCUGCCUCACUAACCAUAAAGAACGUUUCAUCUGUGGACAACGGACUGUGGAUUUCUUGCAUAGCAGAGAAUAUUGUGGGAGAGGACCAAGCCUCUGCUGAGCUCACAGUAUUCUUUGCACCAAAUAUCACAUUUAUUGAAUCUCCAACUCCAGACCACCACUGGUGUAUUCCAUUCACUGUGAAAGGGAAGCCUAAGCCCACAUUGCAGUGGUUCUAUGAAGGAGCUAUACUGAAUGAGUCUGAAUACAUCUGCACUAAAAUACAUGUUAUCAAUCAAAGUGAAUACCAUGGCUGCCUUCAGCUGGACAACCCUACCCAUCUGAACAACGGUGCUUAUACCUUACUAGCAAAGAAUGAGUAUGGAGAGGAUGAAAAACAGGUUAAUGCUCAUUUCAUGUCAGUGCCUGGAGACGGUAGUGGCCUAAUUGUGGAUCCGGAUGUUUAUGAGUAUGAAACCAUGCCUAAUGAUCUUGGAGACACCAUGAAUACUAGUAAUCGAAUCACUUCUGCAGAUGUUUCCAACAAAGAGAAUGAAGAUAGCAUCACUGUGUAUAUUAUGAUGGGAAGUGCAGCACUGGUGUGCACAGGCUUAGUAAUAACACUUAUUCUGAAGUUUGGAAGAUAUUUUAAGUUUGGGAUGAAAGGUCCUUCUUCAGUUAUCAGCAAUGCUGAUGAUUUGGCAAGUCCCCUCCAUCACAUCUCAAAUGGCAGUAACACUCCAUCUUCUUCUGAGGGGGGUCCUGAUGCAGUCAUCAUUGGGAUGACAAAGAUUCCCAUAAUUGAAGAUCCCCAGUACUUUGGAAUUGCCAAAAGUCAGCUCAAGACAGACAACUUUGUUCAGCACAUCAAGCGCCACAACAUUGUUCUUAAAACAGAACUUGGAGAAGGAGCCUUUGGGAAAGUCUUUCUGGCUGAAUGCUAUAACCUCUCUCCCAAGCAGGACAAGAUCUUGGUGGCAGUGAAGACACUGAAGGAUGCCAGUGAGAAUGCCUGCAGGGACUUCUACCGUGAGGCAGAGCUGCUGAUUAACCUGCAACAUGAGCACAUCGUCAAGUUCUAUGGUGUCUGUGUCGAGGGUGAUCCACUCAUCAUGGUCUUUGAGUAUAUGAAAAAUGGAGAUCUUAACAAAUUCCUCAGGGUACAUGGACCAGAUGCAGUACUGAUGACAGAAGGCCACCAUCCUGCUGAGCUGACUCAAUCUCAGAUGAUUCACAUUGCCCAGCAAAUUGCAGCUGGUAUGGUUUACUUGGCAUCACAGCACUUCGUGCAUCGGGAUCUUGCUACCAGGAAUUGUCUGGUUGCUGAGAACCUGCUAGUGAAGAUUGGGGAUUUUGGGAUGUCUAGAUAUGUGUACAGCAGAGACUACUAUAGGGUUGGAGAUCACACAAUGCUGCCUAUUCGUUGGAUGCCUCCAGAAAGUAUUAUGUACAGGAAGUUCACCACAGAAAGUGAUGUCUGGAGCCUGGGAGUUGUAUUGUGGGAAAUCUUUACCUAUGGCAAACAGCCAUGGUAUCAGCUCUCAAACAAUGAGGUGAUUGAGUGCAUCACUCAGGGCCGAGUGCUGCAGCGACCUCGCACGUGCCCCAAGGAAAUAUAUGAGCUGAUGCUGGGCUGCUGGCAAAGGGAGCCUCACAUGAGGCUCAACAUCAAAGAAAUCCAUUCCCUCCUCCAGAACUUGGCUAAAGCAUCUCCAGACUACCUGGAUAUUCUAGGCUAAAUAUCCUAUCAUUUCUUCUUAUGGUCUGCAUGAAUGAAUGUGCUCAAUUGC